GUGCGCGCACACACAGACAGCGGGAGCGCGCAGCAGAGAGAGAGUACGAGCUGAACGUCGACAUGAGGGGAGAUCUGAACUGCAGAACUCAGUCAGAUUGAAGAAGCGCAUUCAGCCGUUUAUUGUGUUCGUGUGAAGAAACUGAAGUAGAUCUAACUGACUGAUUCUUCAAGUUUACCUGAUGAACAUUAACAAAGCUCCAUGCCUCCAUGAAUAAAUAACAUCUUGAAGACCCCUCCCCUUCAUUUCCACCAAUCAGACACCUUCGGUCCCAGCUUUCUUUGGCAUCCCAUCGGCCACAAUGGAUGUCAGUAAAGCAAGCGUUUGCUACAGCAAUGAGAGUGUCAAGUUCUUCUACGAAAAAAGCAACAAGACUAUCAGCGAUUUGUGGAGGACGAAAGACAUUGUGGUUGUGACUCUGGGGCUGAUUGUCUGUUGCUUUGUGAUCUUCGCCAACAUCCUGGUCAUGAUGGCAAUCUUCCUCAACCGCAGGUUUCAUUACCCCAUAUAUUACCUGUUGGGGAACCUGGCGGCUGCGGACAUGUUUGCUGGAAUCUCCUACAUGAACCUGAUGUUCCACACCGGCCCCUGGACCAUCAAACUCUCCAUAUAUCAGUGGUUUGCUCGGCAGGGUUUAAUAGACACCAGUCUAACAGCGUCAGUCAUUAAUCUGAUGGCCAUCGCUCUGGAACGACACCAGACCAUCUUCACCAUGCAGCUCCACAGUAAAAUGACCAAUCACAGAGUUGUGAUGCUCAUCAUCGGCAUCUGGGUCAUCGCCAUAGUGAUGGGCUUGGUGCCCACUAUGGUAUGGAACUGUAUGUGUAACAUCAAGGAGUGUUCGACGAUGGCGCCGCUGUACAGCCGCAGUUACCUGGUGUUCUGGGCCGUGCUCAAUCUGCUGACGUUCACCGUCAUGGUCGCCGUCUACACUCGGAUCUUCAUGUAUGUUCGACGCAAGAACACUCGGAUGAGUCAGCACACGUCGCAAGUCAAGUACCGCGAGACGGUGGUAAACCUCAUGAAGACCGUCGUAAUGAUAUUGGGUUGUUUUGUGGUCUGUUGGACGCCUGGCCUGGUUCUUCUUCUGCUGGACGGUACAUGUAAAAAAUGUGAUGUUCUGACCUAUGAGAAGUACUUCCUGGUGCUGGCCGAGUGCAACUCCUUCAUGAAUCCCAUCAUCUACUCCUAUCGGGACCAAGACAUGCGCAACACCUUCAAACGCAUCCUCUGCUUCGCGUGUCGGCCUAAGCACCGGAAGGGCGAGCACUCGGGCGUCCGCUUCAACACCCUCGAGCAAGAGGCUCGCAGGGUUCGUGACGGCGACUCUGAACAAGCUAACGGAGGUCAGGUGGUUCUUAAAGAUGCUGAGAAGAUCCUAGAGUCAUCUGACAGCUGAGAGAUGAUCAUACUGAUGCUUUUAUUUAAUGGGAAAGAUUGUUCCGGGAUUCUCGUCUACUGAAGUCCAGUGGAGCUUCAUACAGCGUUGUGAUUGGCUGAAUGAACGGUCAAUCCAGUGACUGUCUAGUGUAAAGCUGCCUCACGUGUUUGUAGAUAACGGCACGUGAUUUUUAAAUGAAGACUGCGUUUGAGUUGUAACUGAAUGCAUUGAGUGUAAAUAUUGUCUUAUUUAAUUGUAAUUUUACCGGGGGAUUUUAUUUAUGUGUUAGAAACGCAUUGAAACCCUGAAUUGUUAAAAUGCACUGACUUGUAAUUAAAGGGAUUAAUAGAAACUUUAAUGGUGUUAUUACUUGUCUGUGAAGUCCAUCACACUGCAUGAGAUGGAAGUGUUGUUCAUUUACUCACACUCAUGUUGUCACAAACAUCUCGGCUUUGAUGAGGGUGAAUAAAUGACACAACUGUUUCUGAUUUGGGUUUCAGAUCAGUUGUUAUGAAGCUUAGUCAAGUCACAUUCAUUUAAUCAAUAACAAUGAGGAGAAAGCGGUUCAACAGGUUUAGAGCUGGAGAAAGUGUCCGGAGGCGUUACUGUUUUUACACCCUUAUAUGACUGACUUAUGGACAUGUUCUUCCUGAACUUCUAUUUCAAAUCUGUAUGAAUGCAAGAAUUGGAUUUCCUCAACAGAAGCUUGUAGUUUGUGUUGUUUGCAGAGUCUGAGUUGAUUCAUUUGAACCUGUAAGCGUCAG